CUUUUACUACCCCUACUGUGUCUGUAUAAAAGACGAAUUUUAAAACCACGCAUUCUCUAAAAGCGAAGGGGGUGCUAGUUAUAUGUUUAAUUGAAUAUGCAAAUACACACAUAUACAUUCUUCACAAAUAGCAAUCUACUUUCGAGAAGCUGCUUCAGACGGAAGACUAGUAACCGAACGCACGGCAUGAGAUAAAACAGGAAGAGUAUGUGGAAAGAUUUUAAAAUGCCACUAAUCUGCUCAGGAAGAAAAUUACGUUGAAUUAAAAUGAAUAGAACGGCUGGAAAAAUGAAGCAAAUGAGGGAAAAGAUUGAUGAUGUAGAAAAAAAGGAAGCUCUGCAUUUCCUGACCGUGCAUCAGUUCCUUUUUACUCGUGUAGGUGACGCUACCUCAAAUGAGUCAGAAAACUCUCACAUUCACCCACACUCCGAGCGGGAUGGCAUACAAAAGAGGGAGGGAGCGAGAAAUCGGAACUCUGCUGUUAACCUGAAUCCACAGCCAACAACGUGCAGAUAUAGGAGGGAAAGCGUCGGAAUUGCAGAUCUCCAGCCCGAGGGAGAGGACGUUAUUGCUUCCACUCUGUUAUAGACUCCGAUCCUUUGAGAAACAUCGGCAUUGGAGCCGGAUUUGCGCUAUAACCUACAGCUACAGUCUGAAUGCAGAAGGGUGAAUUAUAUGGGGAGGGCAAACCCAACUUCAACUGCAGGAAUAGCAAUGAACUACUCAGCAGACCAAGACUAAUCGAAUAACAAGGACUUUUCCCCCCUUGAAGUGGAGGAUUCAGCACCACAGAAAGGACUGCGUCAGAGAACUAAAUACAGUUCAAGGGUUUGGAAUCAGAAAACUUGCUGUUGUGAAAGUACGACAGCCAAAUCACUCUUUAAUUGGUGAGGUUUUGUUUAUUCCACUGCCCGGACUCAAUCCAGAAGCUAUCCACUAGCGGACGCCGUUUGCCUUAAAGAUCCGCAUCGUGAAAUCAGCUCGCUCUCAUUCGGAUUUCUGAUUUAUCAGCCAGGAUUUCCCAAUCCACGUUCAAUCCGGACGAAUAUCUGCACCUAGACGCAUCUUGGCAGCUCACCCCCUUGUACCGGUUCUCUGGGCUGAAUACGAAUAAGAAAGUCAUUAGCUGCAAUCCUUAUUCUGCUGGACUCCUUCCUGUCUAAUCUUCUUGGACACGGCGAAAGAGAUUGCGUUCACAAUAAUUUUACAAACGCCCUUUCAACUUUCUGCCUGGGUUCCAGACCUCUUUCCGCUAUUCAGUAGCUGUCUCUCGAGCCAGUCAGGAACGGGCGAAGAGGAGGGGAAGGGGAGGGAGAGGAAGGAGAGAAGAGAGAGUGAGUGUGAGAGAGAGAGAACGGGCGAGAGAGAGAGAGGGGGUGGAGAGAGAGAGAGGGAAGAGUGUGCAGAGAAAGGGAAAGACUGCAAUAGCAAGGUUGGGGCACUCAGAGUGCUGCACACACAGUUCACAGUAACCACUAGCAUGCAGGUAAAGAAGCACCAACUGCGGAUGCAGGGCAAACUUGGAACAACGUGAAUGAAAAGGCACGUCCCAAGCACUAAAACGGAUUCAGGUGACCAUUUUUAUUAAAUGUUUCUCCUUUUCUGCGUCGUUGUCCCACAAACUGCAUUCGUUUGACCGGAAUAGAGUGAGUCAGUUUGAAGAAGAGGGAUGUCAAAGCUAAAGCGGUGUUUCUGUGAGUCCCGAUGCCGGUGAGUGUUUCUGCAGAUCACUUUAUUGAGUGUUGCCGGACUGUUGAAACGGACAAUAGGAACCGUGUUCAGUGCAAUUAAUCUGUGGAGGGAGAGAGGUGGUGGUGGUGGUGGUGGAGGGGGAAAAUACUUGGAGAGAUGAGUUUCUGUGUACCACUGGCGCUUUUGCUGCUGACCGCCGCCGUCCUGGUGAGCGCAAAGCAAGCGCUCCGCUACCGGAUCACCGAGGAGGGAGCAGCCGACGUGCGGAUCGGCAACGUGGCCAGCGACUUGGGCAUCGUGGCGGGCUCGGGAGAGGUGACUUUCAGCCUGGAGUCCGGCUCCGAGUACUUCAAGAUCGACAACAUAACGGGCGAGCUGAGCACUACCGGCCGGCGCAUCGACCGCGAGAAGCUGCCGCAGUGCCAGCGCAUCUUCGACGCGAACGAGUGCUUCAUCGACUUCGAAGUGUCAGUGAUCGGUCCGGCGCAGAGCUGGGUCGACCUUCACGACGGCCAGGUGGUGGUGGACGAUAUCAACGACAACGCUCCCGCCUUCCCUUCGCCCGUGCUCACGCUGACCGUGGAAGAGAACCGGCCGGUGGGCACCCUCUACCUCCUGCCCACCGCCACUGACCGCGACUUCGGCACCAAUGGCAUCGAGCGGUACGAACUGCUGCAGCUGCAAGACGAGAGUGGCCAGGCAUCCAGGCGAGGGUUGGAACCGGCGCGGGGAAACGGCGGCAAGGAGCUGACUCCCGGCGGGGGCAGCGACGACCCGGGGCCGGGCGGCAACAAUGUGUUUGAGCUCCAGGUGGCCGAUACCCCGGACGGGGGCAAACAACCUCAACUGAUCGUCAAGGGGGCUUUGGACAGGGAGCUGCGCGACUCCUACGAGCUGAGGCUGCGGGCGAGUGACGGCGGGCGGUCCCCUCGCUCCUCCAGUGCCCUGCUGAGGGUGCUCAUCUCGGACGUGAAUGACAACAGCCCUCGCUUCGAGCGGCAGCUCUACGAGGCCAGGCUGCCAGAGAACAGCCCGGCGGGCAGCCGCAUCUUACAGUUGCGAGCUGGCGAUCCGGACACUGGGGUGAACGGUCAGGUGGAGUACGCUUUCGGCGGGGCGAGCGAAGCGGCUCGGCGGCUGCUGCGUUUGGACGAGAACAGCGGCUGGUUGAGUGUGCUGCGCCGGAUCGACCGCGAGGAGGUGAGCCAGCUCCGCUUCGGCGUCCUGGCUCGCGACCGGGGCCAACCCCCCCGCACGGACCGGGCCACCGUGCUGCUGGCCAUCGGCGACCAGAAUGACAAUGCGCCGCUCGUUGACAUCCGCAAAAUCGGGCGCAUCGUGGUGCGCGACGGCGCCGCCAGCGUGGCCGAGGACGUGCUGGUGGACACACCGGUGGCUCUGGUGCAAGUGUCGGACCGCGACCAGGGCGAGAAUGGCGCCGUGACCUGCACAGUGGUCGGAGACGUGCCAUUCCAGCUGAGGCCGGCCAGUGAGACCGACACCGACCAGCAGCAGCAACAACAGCAACAGCAGCCGAGGAAGAAGAAGUACUUCCUGCACACUUCGGCCCCGCUGGACUACGAGUCGGUAAGGGAAUAUUCUGUAGUAAUCGUGGCCGUGGACUCGGGCAGUCCCAGCUUGUCCAGCAACAACUCCCUGCUGGUUAGAGUGGCGGACGUCAACGACAACCCACCCAUCUUCCCGCGGGCCGUCUACCGGCUGUCCAUCCCUGAGAAUAACCUGCCCGGUGACCUGGUCGCCGCUGUGGUGGCCACUGACGCCGACGACGGCAAGAACGCUGAAUUAGGCUACUCGCUGGAUGCGGCGGCCGCCGGCGUUUUCUCUAUCGACCCGGUCAAGGGUGCCAUUCGAGCCAACCUGGUGCUCGACCGGGAACAGACGGAGCGGUACGAGUUCCGAGUGAUGGCUCGGGACCGCGGCACCCCCUCCCUGCAGGGCAGCGCCACCGUGGUGGUCCAGGUGCAGGACACUAAUGAUAACGAGCCGCGCUUCAUGCAGGACCUCUUCACUUUCUACGUGAAGGAGAACUUGCCGCCCAACAGCCCGGUUGGCAUGGUGACUGUAAUGGACGCCGACCAGGGCAAGAACGCCGAGAUGAGUCUCUUCAUUGAAGAGGACAAUAAUGUGUUCUCCAUAGACAACGACACCGGUACCAUCUACUCCACCAUCUCCUUCGACAGGGAACAGCAGACCACCUACUCUUUCAAAGUGAAGGCCGUGGAUGGAGGAGAGCCCCCGAAAUCCUCCACAGCUAUGAUAUCGCUGUAUGUCAUGGAUGAUAAUGACAAUCCGCCCACCAUCACUUUCCCCAAGAACGCAUCUUACACCCUGCUGCCUCCCUCCAGUAACUUAAGGACAGUUGUGGCCACAGUUCUGGCCACAGACAGUGACACUGGCAUUAACGCUGACCUCAACUAUAGCAUUGUUGGAGGAAACCCCUUUAAACUUUUUGAGAUUGAUUCUGCCAGUGGAGUCAUCUCCUUGGUGGGGAAGCUAACCCAGAAGCACUAUGGGUUGCACCGGUUAGUGGUGCAGGUUAAUGACAGUGGCCAGCCUUCCCAAUACACCACUGCAAUGGUUCAUGUGUUUGUGAAUGAGAGUGUCUCCAAUGCUACCAUAGUGGAGGCUCAGAUAGCAAGGAGUCUCCGCACUUCCCUGAAACAAGAUAUUGCAGGUGACCCAAAUUAUGAGAUGAGCAAACAAAGACUCAGCAUUGUUAUUGGAGUUGUUGCUGGUGUCAUGACAGUGAUCUUAAUCAUCUUGGUUGUGGUUUUGGCAAGAUAUUGUAGACCAAAAAAAAGCAAGAAUGGAUACGAGGCUGGCAAAAAAGAUCCUGAAGACUUUUUCACACCCCAACAGCAUGACAAGUCUAAGAAACCCAAAAAGGACAAAAAGAACAAAAAGGCCAAACAACCUCUGUACAGUAGCAUUGUGACUGUGGAAGCAUCAAAACCAAAUGGACAGAGAUAUGACAGUGUGCAUGAGAAGCUUACAGAGAGUCCUGGCAUGGGAUGUUAUCACUCCAUGAAUGGUGGACCAGGGAGUCCUGAUCUCGGAAGGCAUUACAAAUCCAGCUCUCCAUUGCCAACAGUUCAGCUUCACCCCCAAUCACCUACUGCAGGGAAGAAACAUCAGGCAGUGCAAGAACUCCCACCGGCCAAUACUUUCGUAGGCACAGGAGAUAACAUCUCAAUUGAAUCAGAUCAUUGCUCGGAAUACAGCUGUCAGACCAAUAACAAGUACAGCAAGCAGCCCUUUCGUCGAGUGACUUUCUCUGUGGUGAGUCAACCUCAGGAUCCACAUCAAGGGUCCCUACAGAGCUGUUACGACAGCGGCUUAGAGGAAUCGGAAACUCCUAGCAGCAAGAGUUCAUCGGGACCAAGACUAGGUUCACUCCCACUUCCAGAAGACAACUAUGAGAGGACCACACCUGAUGGAAGCGUUGGUGAGGCAGAGCAUAUGGAAAAUGGAGAUGGACACAGAGUCUAUAGAAGUGAGGCAAAGUGGCAUCAACUUCAUGGAUCCUAUACAGAUAACAAAGGAAAAAUCCGCAGUUCCCAACAAGGUGUUGCCUUGGACCCGGUGGGGGAUUCAAGGCCUUUGCCCGAUGUAGCCUUGACAGGGAAAUGUACACGGGAAUGUGAUGAGUUUGGCCACUCUGAUUCCUGUUGGAUGCCUGUGCGUACCUCACCCGAGCGAAGGAAAAAGAACCAACCCAAGCUUUCCACAUUCAUGCCUGUUACAGACCGAGGGAGUCAGGAGAAACUGCCUAAUGGCACUCCGCAGAUUAUAGGCGACCGCAACCGAAAUCUUCUCAACAAGAGGCUGACUUCAUCAUACGAGAAUUUCAACACAGCUACCUAUGGUAAAAAUGAGGAAGGAAAUCCUGAAGAUAUACCCCUGACUCAAACAGCAGAUUUCAAACCGUCUUCUGUUUCUCAACUCACUAGAAGAGAAGUCUAUCUGUGAGAUAUCUGAGCAUGAAUUUGUCAAACAAAAAAGCAGCAAAUAUGAUAUCUAAAUUAAAAGAGAGUCAAAGAAAUGUGCAGGAUAUCCCAUAAAGGGGCUACCAAAGAGAUAUGCAAAUAUUUGCUGUUCUUGACUUUAUAUCUGGCAUUCGAUCAUUUAUCGCCUGGCAGUUCUGUAAACUAUUUAAAGUCAUUCUGGCUAGCUAAUUACAUGCAUGCUGUAACACACCCACCCCAAAAUGCACGUGAUCCAGCACAUGGACAUUGAAUUUUACAUGUUAAAAGGUUGCAAUGUAUAUAAGAGGGAAGAUGUAACUAAAGGAGCACAACAAAAGAGUAGUCCAGUAUCAAGUACCCACAUCACAAGCAUCUAAUGUAAUUGUCUCAUUGUUUUUGAAGCAUGUUCUAAAUUUCCAGAGUGUGGAUUGCGGUGUGUUUUGUGAGAUUUUUAACUUGGAAACUAAUGCUGGAAUUGGAUGAUGGGUCAGUGCAGAAUUUUCAGAAAUGAAUUACAAUCAGAAUACAUUCAAGUCGGGAUUUUCCUUUGAGCAUUCGCUGAAUCACUGCUGCUUCAGGAAGCCUGCCUGAGAUUCGUAUUUAAAUGACAUUAGCUCUGGCUUCUUACAUAUCUUUUGGAAACAUUAUUAAAACAAUUCAUUCCAAGUCUGGACACACAGAAUGUACUUCUUUUUCAUUAUAGAGACUGAUAAAAUUCACAGAGCUGGCAAGAAGUCACGUUAACUUUUUGUACCAGGCUGAAGUUUAAAAAAAAUUAUGCAAUGAUUGGCCUCACCAUAUAAUAAAGAGAAAUCAUUGUGCUGAUCUGAAACACUACUAUGGAGAUGCCAAGAUUAAGGACACAGAGAUAAUUGCAAAAGAAGUUCCUGAUCUGUGAGCCAUAUAGAUGGAACACUAAAAGCAAUUAAUCAAGAUCAUCGCUCCAUGAACUUAUACACAGGUACAGCCCUGGUGUAAAAUGUGAAACUGCAGCUUCUGUGAACGUGAGUCAAAGACCCAAUCAAGACUCUGGAGAAAACUUACUGUAGUAUAUUGUUCCAGAGUUCUGCGGUGAAAUCCAAUACUCUGCCAGUCCCAGGGAACGCUGUCAUUUUUGUUUGCACGCAAGAAGAAAUGCCACAAUACAGGAUUGUUGGUUCAAAACUGUGCUGUUAUGUAAGAAACUGAACUAUUCACAUUCUUGUACAAACAGACCAUUUUUGAGACAAGUUGAACAACAUACCAGCCUAGGAAUCUCAUUAAAUAGUUAUAUUGGUCUGGAUGUUUGAAAACUGAUAACUUGCUCAGGAAAAGCAGGAAUAUUGGAGAACUCCUCUGUUUUUCAUAUUUGUUAAUGAAGAAAUGCUAGACAACAUCAGUAGAGUGCAUGUUAUAGCUUUAGCAAAAAUGUAGCAUUAUCUAGGCUAUGACCACCCUAAAUGAAGACUACAGCACAUUGUUGUGGUUAGCAUAGUUUACCCUGUUCACUGAAAUGUUUAGUGAUGUUACUUGCUUUGGAAUUUACCAAACGAGAUGCAACUCUGACUAGCUAAGAAUCCAGACUGUAACUCAAUGAGGACUCUCACUGGAGAUUGUGCUUUUUUGGGUACAUGAGAAGGAAGUGAGAUGAUUUUCAGAAUUGACUUGAAGGAUAUACUUCAGGGGAACCAAAAGUGUUGAAAAAUCUUCACAGUAGUAUUGCAGUGAGUUAUCUAAACAUCAAGCAUUCUCAGAGAGACAUCAAACUAAUAUGAGCGCAUUCUGCUUAAUCACAAAAUAUUAUUAUUUAAAGAGGUUAAUAUAAAAAAGUUCAAAGAUAUGAACUUCAAAGUGGCAUGUAAGGUGAAACUUGAUGUUGCUUUGGUAAAUUUUGGGAAAAUACUGCUUUUGGUAGAAUACAGUGCUUUUCAUAAUAUGCAUAGAGUUAUUUAAAGUUGUAGCAGCUUAAAUAUUGGUCAAUUAAUCAAUAAAUACUUGUUGCACCCUUUGUUUAUCUGGUAUCUGCUGUCUUUCACUGUUUUACUGCAUCCUUUUCCAUGACAUUUAAGCCACAGGUUGAAAGAUUUCUUACCCUUGGCACAUGAACAAUCUAAUGUAAUCUUGCAUAUUCCUGGUGAAAGCAGUGUUAAACAGUGGAUAGUGUAAUGUAAAUACAAAGCAAAAUCAGCUAUUUGAACAAUCAAUUAUGAUUAAGAAUGUUGUAAUUGAUUAAUAUUGGAAUGUUCAAAUUUCUGUUGCACUUCUGUUUAAUAGUGAGGUACAAAGCUGCUCCUACCAGUACUGCUGUGUAGAUACAGUAAGUACUUGUUGUUUAUGGAUGUUCUCAUUAAUUACAAAUAUAUACAUAUGUAUUUUUAUUGCACGUUACAAAGAUAUUCACUAAAUGCAAAGGAAAUUCCUUUAAUGAUAAUAACUGUAGGUCUUUGUUUUUUUUAAAAUGGAAAUAUGAAGCUAACCAAUUUAGAUUUGUGUCCUCUCCGUAGUAUCCCCAAACAGUGCAAAUUAUCCUGGUUGAUUGGAUUAAUUCAGCGGCACAAUUUAGCAUCUAAUUGCAUAUGACAAGCAUAAUAGGCACCAUUUGCGAAGAAGUGGGAACCACACCUUAAUGACUUUCAUGCAUUUGACAUGAUAGGUGAACUUCUGCAAAGGAAUCAGAUUUAUUAUUUUUCAUCAUUCAAAGUACAUGAAGCAAAAUCAUCAGAAUGAAGUACCACUUAGAAUGAUAUGCUGUUAAGAUGGGGCAUGAUGCUAAAUUAAAAAUCUACGAUGUAAGUUAAAUGCUGGCGUUAUCUAAUGUCACAUUUUAGAAUGCUCCUACAGCAAGGUAAAUGCAAUCUAUGAAACUGUGCCUUUUAUACCCAGAAGUAUAAAGAAUAGUUGGUUCAUGAGGUAAAAGAAGAGAAACUAAUAAUUGAAAUUUUAUAUGAGGCGGAUGUGUUGUCAUUAGAGGUGCAUUGGCUAAUCGUAUAUAUAUGAAAUGCAAGAUACAAAAAGUGUAAUUUUUUCUUAUAUUAGAUUCAUGGCCAUAUAGAAACAUCAUAAUAUGCAUAAAGAAUUGAAAUGGUGAUUGAUUUUUUUCCCUCAUCUAUGAAAUGUUACUUUGAUGCUUAAAGCGAAAGCAAUUGUACAUUCAGUUGGAUAAUUGCCUUUUUCAAACCAUUGAAACUGUCAGUUUCGACUUACAAAAUAAUGUUGAUUUCAAUUAAAUGUUCUAUG